GCCUUCGAUUGACGAGAUGCCUGAGACUGCGGUGAAGUCAGCGGCCAACAAAUACCAAGUCUUUUUUUUCGGGACCCACGAGACGGCAUUUCUGGGCCCCAAAGACCUCUUCCCUUACGAGGAGUCCAAGGAGAAGUUUGGCAAGCCCAACAAGAGGAAAGGGUUCAGCGAGGGGCUGUGGGAGAUCGAGAACAACCCUACGGUCAAGGCUUCUGGCUACCAGUCCUCCCAGAAAAAGAGCUGCGUGGAGGAGCCGGAGCCGGAGCCGGAGCCGGAGGCCGCAGAGGGCGACGGUGACAAGAAGGGGAACACCGAAGGUAGCAGUGAUGAGGAAGGGAAGCUGGUCAUCGACGAGCCCACCAAGGAGAAGAAUGAGAAGGGGGCGCUGAAAAGGAGAGCAGGGGACCUGCUGGAGGACUCCCCGAAGCGUCCCAAAGAGGCGGAAGACCCUGAAGGGGAGGAGAAGGAGGUGGCCAACUUGGAGGGUGAGCGGCCCUUCCCUGUGGAGGUAGAGAAGAACAGCACCCCCUCGGAGCCCAGCUCUGGCCGGGAGCCUCCUCCAGAGGAAGAGGAGGAAGAGGCCGCCAAGGAAGAUGCUGAGGCCCCAGGCAUCAGAGAUCAUGAGAGCCUGUAGCCACCAAUGUUUCAAGAGGAGCCCCUGCCCCGUUCCUGCUGCUGUCUGGGUGCUACUGGGGAAACUGGCCAUGGCCUGCAAACUGGGAACCCCUCCCCACCCCACCUGCUCUCUGCCACUCACUCUCCCUCCCCAGGCCCGGUCCCCGGAGAGCGACCUGGAUGUGGCAUGCCAUCUGGCCCUGCCUCCACGCCGCCUCCAUGCCCCCACACCGCUGGGAUCUGAGUCAGGGCUACGUCUUCUGCUCCAUGGGCUGAGAUGAGGCCAUUAUGUCCCCCCAGGCCUGGAUCUGGGUCCCAGGGUUUCUGGACCAGCUGUUUUCAUCUCCUUAUACCCUUUUGCCCCUCCCCCAGGCAUUCUGGGUCUCUGGGUUGGUUUGGGUCAGAGUUAGGAGUAAAAAGGAUGGAGGGUAAAUGGCAAGGGUGGGCUUCUGGGCCCCGAGAGGGACAGUCCUCAGAUCGGGGUGGCGAGUGGGCAGGAGGACGGCAUCUUCUUGAGCUCCUGUCCCUUCCUCCAACACCUGUUAUCUCAGCUGCCUAGAUUCAGGGAAAGUGGGACAGCUCGCAGGGGAGGGCCUCCCUCGAUGAUGGAUAACACCCAUUUUUCCCUUUGCUGAUCACCCCAGGAGUUCUGGGAGUUGUAGUUACUCAUCAAAAGAUUUUGGGCUUCCAGUUGUUUGGUCCAUGGACUUGGGAUCUGAAGGGCCAACUUCGCUCAGCUUCGGUGGGAGUGUUGAGGAGUAGCUUCUCCUUUUAGAUCUUGGGCCAGAGAUGUGAUGGCCUGGGGAGACCCCUCACUGCCCUUCCCCUCUCCCCACAGUGCUCAAGGCCAGCCUGCAGUCACAGGUCACCCAGACAUAAAGGAGAAGACACAUUUUUUAGGAAAUGUUUUUAAUAAAAGAAAAUUAAAAAAAAAAAUUUAAAGACCCCUAUCCCUCUGUGUGGCCCCCACUUUGCUCCUUUCUUCCUCGCUGUUGCCCUCGUUUCUGAGGUGCACUGGGAGGCUCCCCUUCCGCUAGGGCUUGGUGACGCUCCUUCUGUAGCUGGGACUUUGGUGUCCCUCCUGGUGUCAUUCCCCACCCACCCGGCUCCCUCCGUGUUUCACCAGAUCCGAUUGUACCCGCUGAGAGGCAGGGAAGUGAGUGCCCCUCCCAGCCUCUUUCUCGGGGUCUCUCUGCCUCUUCCAUCUCGUGCCCCUCUCCCUCUCCCUAGGGCUCUGAUGAAAAAUUGCUGACUAUAGUUUAGCUCUGAGAACCGUAGACAAUUUCAGUUCUAGGAAAAUAAACCUGUUGAUUACUACA